CUCUGAAUUUUACCCUUCCCUCUCAUUUAUAAACCUCAUUUUUCUCUCUCUAGGGUUUAAGUAUCUCUCUCAUCUCGCUGCUACUGUUUUAUCUCUUCCAUGGCGUCUAUAUUCACAAGCCCUAAUUUCUCCCCAACCCCCACAACUACCAUUUCCCAAUUCAAUUCCAACAACCCAAUUCGCUCACUCUUCCACUUCAAACCCUCAAUUCACUGCCAAAAAUUCGCCUCAUUUGGGGCCGUAAUCUGCUCAUCCUCUCGCGGUGGUCGCCCCGAAUACAUCCCCAACCGAAUCUCCGACCCCUCCUAUGUCCGCAUCUUCGACACCACCCUCCGCGACGGCGAGCAGUCGCCGGGCGCCACCAUGACCAGCAAGGAGAAGCUCGACGUCGCCCGCCAGCUGGCCAAGCUCCGCGUCGACAUCAUCGAGGCCGGGUUCCCCGCGGCCUCGAAAGACGACCUCGAGGCCGUGAAAAUGAUCGCCCAAGAGGUCGGUAAUGCUGUUGACGACACCGGUUAUGUGCCGGUCAUAUGCGGUCUUGCGAGGUGUAACAAGAACGACAUUGAUGCAUCGUGGGAGGCCGUGAAGAAUGCGAAGCUGCCGAGGAUACAUACGUUUAUUGCGACCAGUGAGAUUCAUAUGAAAUAUAAGCUGAAGAAGACGAAGGAGGAGGUGAUCGAGACGGCAAGGAGUAUGGUGAAGUACGCGCGGAGUUUGGGUUGCAAUGAUGUGGAGUUCAGCCCUGAAGAUGCUGGAAGAUCUGAGAGGGAGUUUCUUUAUCAAAUUCUAGGGGAAGUAAUAAAAGCUGGGGCAACAACUCUCAACAUCCCUGAUACUGUUGGCAUUACUGUGCCUCAUGAAUUUGGACAAUUAAUUGCGGAUAUAAUAUCCAACACCCCUGGAAUUGAAAAUGUGAUCAUCUCAACGCAUUGCCAGAAUGAUCUUGGUCUCUCUACUGCGAACACAUUAGCGGGGGCAUGCGCAGGCGCAAGACAAUUAGAAGUAACAGUCAAUGGAAUUGGUGAAAGAGCUGGCAACGCUUCCUUGGAAGAGGUUGUAAUGACACUGAAAUGUCGCGGACAGGAAGUACUAAAAGGUCUUCAUACCGGGAUCAAUAUAAAACACAUUGUUAUGGCAAGCAAGAUGGUAGAAGAGUACACUGGGUUGCAUGUUCAGCCACACAAGGCUAUUGUUGGAGAAAAUGCUUUUGCUCAUGAAAGCGGAAUCCAUCAGGAUGGAAUGCUUAAACAUAAACAAACAUAUGAGAUCAUCUCUCCUGAAGAUAUUGGGCUUUAUCGAUCUAAUGAAUCUGGUAUUGUCCUUGGAAAACUUAGUGGACGUCAUGCUCUGAAAGCUCGACUUUUGGAGCUUGGUUAUGACAUUGAUGGUAAGGAACUUGAUGAUCUCUUUUGGCGUUUCAAAGCUGUAGCUGAGAAGAAAAAGAGUAUUACUGAUGAUGAUAUAAUAGCACUAGUGUCAGAUGUAGUUUUCCAGCCACAAGUUGUUUGGAAGCUUGGAGAUGUGCAGGUUACAUGCGGAACUCUUGGUCUUUCCACUGCAACUGUUAGACUCAUUGAUGCUGAUGGGCAAGAGCAUGUUGAAUGUUCGACUGGAACAGGGCCAGUUGAUUCAGCUUAUAAGGCUGUUGAUCUCAUUGUGAAGGCACCUGUGACCCUUCUUGAGUACUCACUGAAUGCAGUCACGGAAGGCAUUGAUGCAAUAGCCACAACUCGAGUUUUAAUUCGUGGGGAAAAUAAUCACACUUCGACUAAUGCUUCGACUGGAGAGACUUUCCAUCGUACAUUUAGUGGAACUGGAGCAGGAAUGGAUAUUGUCGUGUCCAGUGUCCGAGCCUACAUAAAUGCGUUGAACAAGAUGUUAGGUUUCAAGAAUCAACCUGCAUUGAAGAAGCAAGCAGGAAAUUCUCAGGUAUCUGCAUAAAAGAGGAAGGAAAUCAAAUAGUUUUCGAUCAAUCAAGUUCGUGGCUUCUAGGGCUUCCUUGUUUACCAGGAGGUGGGGGGAAUCGUCACUUUCGCGUUAUCCACUGAAAGCAUUUUCCUUUCUUCCAUUCUUUUCAAUUCAAUUACUGGGCUUGUUAUCUACAAUUCGUAUUAAAUUGUAGAUUAGACUUAUUUAUUUACUAAAAUCUGUCAGAAUGUAUGGUAUAUGAUUGUGAAUCUUUUUUAUAUUUUGUCAAGAACCGUGUUAGCCUUAAAUAAACAGUUAUUGUUAGACUAGAAGAUAAAUAAUAUCUGAUUGAAAGUUUCUUGGUUGCUGA